AAUAUCUCGUACUCAACCAAAGUUAAUCUAUCUCCCCUUGAAGUUGUAGUCCAUCCUCUUCAUUUCAGUUCAUUUAUUACUUAAAAGGCUGAAAGUUUGAACAAUGAGCCACAAACUUGCUAGUUUUAAUCCUCAAUCCCCUGUGGCAGUUUUAAAUUUUCCAUUCGCCUUCCAUCCCAACUCUCUUCUCCGAUUUAUACGAGCUAUUUCGGCCGUUGCCCCGGACAUUAAGUUCACCUUCUUCAGCACUUGUAGAACAAAUAGCUCUCUCUUCUCGGGUUCCAACAACAAGGGCUUGGAUAAUGUAAAGCCUUACAAUGUAUGGGAUGGCUUACCGGAGGGUUACGUGCCCCCCUCUGGACCUCCGCUGGAGCAAAUUGGGUUGUUCCUUGACAAAGCACCUCAAAGCUUUGAGAGGGUACUCAAAGAAGUGGAGGCAGAAACAGGACACAAGUUUGGCUGCUUGAUUUCGGAUGCAUUUCUCUGGUUUUCCGGGGACAUUGCCCAGAAAAUGAACGUCCCUUGGGUGACUACAUGGAGCGGACCACGCUCGCUGCUUGUUCAUCUGGAGACUGAUAUGAUCAGAGAAAAAGUGGGAGCUCCUGGGCAAGAAGACAAGACCCUGGACUUCCUUCCAGGAUUCUCCAAUGAGUUCCGAGCAUCUGACUUAUCGAAGGAAGUUGUAUUUGGAAACAUAGAGUCGCCACUUGCAAAUAUGUUGCAUAAAAUGGGACAGAAGCUGCCACAAGCAACUGCGGUUGCCGUCAACUCUUUUGAAACAAUGGACUUGAAAGUUGCCGAGGAGCUAAAGAAGAGACUCAAGAAGUUGCUCCUUGUUGGGCCACUACAUCUAGUCCGGCCGGUACCAUCAGCACAAUUAGAUGAUGACGAGGAGAAAGAUGUAUGCUUACCGUGGCUGGACAACCACAAGCCUGCAUCAGUAGCAUACAUCAGCUUUGGAAGUGUGGGAGCACUGCCCGCAAUAGAGGUAGCAGCAUUAGCCGAGGCAUUAGAGGAGGGGGGAUUCCCAUUUCUUUGGUCAUUUAGGGGAAACCUAGAGGACUUUCCCAAAGGAUUUAUCGAAAGAACAUCUACUGGAAAAGUUGUUCCCUGGGUGAACCAAGUGCAAAUCCUAAACCAUCCGUCGAUAGGGGUGUUUGUUACACAUGGCGGUUGGAAUGAUGUUUUGGAGAGUGUAACUUGUGGUGUGCCUAUGGUUGGGAGGCCUCAUAUUGAUGAUCAAACGCUGAAUAUGCGGACCGUAGAAGUUGUAUGGAAGAUUGGUAUGAGAAUCGAGGGUGGCGUUUUCACUAAAUCUGGAGCAAUCAAGGUAUUGGAACAAGCUCUAUCGCUUGAGCGAGGAAAAGAAAUGAGACACAGAGUUGGAGUCCUUAAACAGCUUGCUCAAGAGGCUGUUGGACCCAAUGGGAGUUCAACUCAGGACUUGAAAGCUCUGGUGGAGAUCAUCAAAUCAUGAUGGCAUCUCAGUUUAAUUAAUGUUGGUCUGACAUCAUGAUGACCUAGGCGUCUGAGUUUAACUCAUCCAUCAAUAAUUAAUGUUCUGGUCUCUCCAGAUCUGAUUGUCCUUCCUAUAUAUGUCUUGGUCUUCUUUUUGGUACAAGACAUGGUCUUCUUUUAACCAUGUUUUAAUGCAUUAAUGAUGUACUCAAGGUUUUCUUUUAACAAGGUCUAUUGUUUUGCA